AUGCUGCAGGGCUACAUGAAGGGUUUUGAUGGUACCUGGAAAUUCGAGGGCAGCAGAGUUCGGGGUCAGGUGCGCAACCCGUGGGGCAGCGGUGGCGAAUGGAAUCGGGCCUGGUCUGACAAGAGUGCGGAGUGGGAGAAGCAUCCCCAGAGCCCCGGCAGAUCCUGGCAGGAAUGCACUCUCGUCAGCCCGAUAGCAGCGGACUUGAAGGUAGUGGAUGCAGAUGAUGGACGAUUCUGGAUGCCAUGGGAUGCUUUUGCUGAAAUCUUCGGCGGGCAUAUCAUGGUUUGCCCCGUGACGUUGCCGUGUCCAAUGAACUCCCAAAUCGUCACUGACAAAGACAGCGGCACCAGGAUGCGAUGCCCGCAGUGCCGACAGCCCUACACCCGCAGCUGGGUGCUCCUGGCGAGCGAGGAGUCCACGGCAGGUGAUGGGGCCUGGAAGCGCCUGGCAGAUGGCAAAAGCUUGUGUUUCCUUUGCCUGCGGGCCACCUGCCGAGCCAGCGAGCGACUUCUCAAGGGCUUAAAGAUUGCGGGACUUCAUGAACAGCCGAAGCUCACUCUGGCCCCUCCAAAAGGCCCACGCAGAAUGAAAGAAUGCGAGCAUGGGGCGGCAUGCUAUCGCCGCAAUCCGCAGCACUUCCAUGAGCGCUUCCACCCCAGCCUGCUUCCGCCCGCCCCUGCCUGCGCAAGUGGUUGCGGCCGUUCAGCAGCAUCCGGCUACAAGACCUGCUGUCCAAAAUGUACAAGUUCUCCUCCAGAUCUCAAGGUGCACAUUCCAUCCAGGCACAAGGGCCUGGCGGGUCUGUACAAGGUCGUUGAUAGGCCGAAAGGCACAGCGAAAGGGCCGCCUGUGUGGCGUCAAAGUGAUGGGCGGGGUUGGCUUUGGAAGGGGCACGUCUGGAUGAUGGGUGAUCAGGAGGAAAAGGUGGGCGGAGCAUCUGGCCUCAUCGCCGAGGAUGUCGGCGAUGGGAUGUCCGCUCGAUCGCCUCAUCUGGCAAGGGGCUGGCAGGUCGCAGGCGAAGGCGGCUGGGCAGCAGCUCCGGAUCUCAAGGUGGAAGUAGACGCAAAGCACGUCUCCAGCGAACAUGAUGGUCCGUGCGAUGAGCGCGAUGCUCGGGAACAGGCACUGCGGGAGCAGGCGGACAAGGUGCUUGAAAAAUGGGCACGAUGA